AUGACCGGCACCACCCCUUCCUCCUCCGCCUCGUCUCCUUCUCUCACAAAUCUUUCUAACUCUAAUAUCAAACACAAUCUUCCUAUUGUCCUUGACAUGGAAAACGUGCAAUAUGCUACGUGGGCGCAGCUUUUCAAAAUUCAUGCACGUUCUCAUCGUGUCAUUGACCAUAUUCUUCCCACAUCCAAAUCUAAAAUUCCAUCUAUUGAUGAUGAAAAGGACGAGUGGAGCACUGUGGAUGCUACUGUAUUGAAAUGGAUCUAUAGCACUAUUUAUGAUGAUCUUCUCAAUACUAUACUUGAGCCUGAUCUCACGGCUCAGGCGGCGUGGGGGCACCUUCGAGACAUUUUUCAAGACAAUAAGUCUUCCCGUGCAGUUACUUUAGAACAGGAGUUCUCCAAUACGGCUAUGGAGGAUUUUCCUAAUGCUUUGCGAUAUUGUCGACGUUUGAAAAUGUUGGCCGAUCAACUCAAGAAUGUGGGUGCCCCGGUUUCUAACAACUGUCUUGUUCUCUAA